AUGAGCCUGCUUGUGCGUGCCCUUGGUGCCGCGCGCUGCGAGGUGGCGCCGCUGCUGCGCCCCGCCUGCGUGGCCAGCAGCGGCCGGCUGCUCUCCACCUCAUCCCCCGCUUCGAGCCAAAAGAAGGGAUUCACAGAACGCGUCGAGGACAUGGGCGCACGCGUCGAGGACGCGACUGAGCACAGCAGCACCGCCGGCAAGGCCGACGCCGGCGCGCGCCGCGCCGGCUUCGCCGUCCCGCCCCCCGGCCCCGACUCGUCCGACGCGCCGUCCCCCGGCGCGGCCGCGGCGAUGGGGCCGGGGGCGGGGAUGAUGGGGGGCGCGGACGACCUCGUUUCCGGGAGCGCGAGAGGGGACAAGGCGCGGGCGGCUGAGGGGAUGGACGAAAUGACGCAUGGGGCGGCGCCCGAGGCCCCCAAGCGAGACACGCACGACAAGGGCUCCUCCGCCCCUGGCUCGGGCGCCGCACAGCCCUGA